AUGCCCUUGGAGUUCCCUUUGAAUUUGAUCCACUACGACGAGAUCGCUGAGAACUGUAAUUUGUGGCGGAAUUUCGACGACGUCUAUUCGAAUUGGGGCUCAAUCCUGUCGAUCAUCGAUUUCCAGGCCGAAAAUCAGGAGGAAAUUGCGAAAGUGCAAAAGCCGGGCGCGUGGAAUGAUCCGGAUAUGCUCGUUAUCGGCAACGGCAAUUUGACGAUGGAGCAAUGUCGAUCCCAGAUGAGCAUCUGGUGCAUUUGGAGUGCUCCGUUGAUUAUGUCGACAGAUCUACGAAUCCUGAAAGCGCAAUACCGCGAAAUACUUUUGAAUAAGAAGGCGAUCGCCGUCGAUCAGGAUCCGAUGGGAAAAUUCGGCAAGCGGGUCUAUAAGGAAGGCGAUUUGAACAUCUUCUCGAAACCCAUCCAGCCGAUUGAGGGCGAGAAGACAUCAUUGGCAAUAGCUUUAUUGAAUCGAAAUCCCGAUUCCCCGAUUGUAUGUUUCAUCCUUGGCUUCCAC